AUUCCUUAUCGUACAUGACGAACAGAUAGACCGUCGGUUGGAAGGAAGCGGGUCGACUACACAAAAGCAAUAAAUUGACUGUUGCUAGGCCGGAUUUCUCAAUAUUUGUGUAAUUUAUUAUUUAGGUUUUCAUUCAUUUAGUGCACCAAAUGUUCAUUCUAGAUGAAACUUUAUUUAUUUCCUUUGCACUUUCAGUAUGUUGUUUCAUGGUAUUGUCAGUAUAAUUAUUAAAAUUAACUUCGCACACAAUUUUGUGAGACUUCACUGACAAUGAGUCAUGAUUCAUGCAGUUGGAUUAGUUGGGUUUAAUUUUAAUUUUAAUGGAUGCAAAUAUUUAUGGUAUUAAGGAGCAUUAAUAAACAUGUUAUAUUUACGUUGCCAUAGAAAAGUGACAGACGGAACGUUCAGAAUCAAUUUUUACUUGUUUAAGUUAUGGGAUGGUCAAGAAUACUUCAAAUAAAGUUAUCUGCCCUUAUGCUCUUUUUAGCACCUUAUAAUACACAUUUAAGAAAGUGUCAGUAAAUCUACCUUAAACUCAUCUUUGAAUUAAUGUUGUCCUUUAUUAUUCUUUCCCAUAAUAGAGCCAUUUUUGUUGAGGAUUUUUUUCUGAAAUAACACUACAGUCAGUACAGCAUCAAUUUUAAUAGCAAUAGUGACUCAAUAGUCUGAUAGUGCAAUGCCAAAAAUAGCCUUUAGUUGGAACCUUCUUUUCUUGUAGGUCAAUAGUAACUUAACUAAAAAGCCUUUCCUUCAGUCAUUUAGGAUUUCUUCUUCAUUCUAAAUGUGUUAAAUGAGCUUUAUUUAAAUUAUAGUUGCUGACAUUUUUAUUACCUCUAUCUCCACUUCUAGAACUUCUAGUUCUAGCAUUUCAAAUAGUUCUUUUAUAGUAUUCCAUUAAAUUCUGGUGCCUUAUUAUAAAAAUUUAGUAGCUUGAUAAGCUGUAACAUUUCUGCCUGGAUAGUUAUAAUGCAGUUUAUAUGUAGGUCUUCAAGAGCAAGUGGCUGGAUUCUAAUUGGUCUGUUACGUAAUGUCCUAACAUUUUCAGCAUAUCUCCUGUAUUUAAUGUCAAUAUUUUCACCAAUUUUUAUUAUUUGGCCUUUAUUGUGGAUGAAACUUCCCUUGUAUGUUUUAGUAUCAUUUUAUAGAUGGACAGCCUUUGAUUGCUUCAGCCUCAACUUCUUUAUUAAUGACAAAGAGCUUAAAGGUUUCCUCUUAUUAGACCCGAUGCUUGUUAUCACUUCUUAAACUUUUAAUUUUUUUUGUCAGUUUCAGUGGCUUCAGCUUUUGAAGCUAUAUUUGCUCUUUCCUUAAUUUGUAUCAAAAUCUUCUUCUAAGUACUCUGAUUUGUAGUUUGAUGAUCGGCUGAAAUCCAUAUUUCUUGUGUGGAUGGGAACAUACAAUUUUAUGUCACCUAUUUUCAGAUAACUUGUGCUGCCUUUCAUUAAAGUGUCUCUGAUUAAGUCAAUAUUGUCAUUUUUGGUGCAUUACAUUCAGUGUUAUUUAACCUAUUACCUUUGCUGAAAUGUAAUGAAGAUGAGGCUGAUGGUUCUUGGUCUCUCUGUCAAUCCUAUGAGAAUCCUUUUUAGUUUUAAGCAGAAGAUAUCAUUAUUGCUCUCUCUGUUAUGCCAUAACACAGUAAAGGAGUUGCAAUAAAUUUAUGCAUCCUCUCCAUUAAGUCUAAGUCCCCAAGUAAUAAUAAAAUUGAGUUGCUACUGUUUCUAGCAUUUUAGAACCUGCUUCCAGGAUUAGUAAAGUUGUAUUUUUUGGUUCCUGAUGCCUAAAUUGUUUUUUGCAAAACUUAUAUCAUCAUAAUUUUCACAUUUAUAUUUUGAAAUAAAGAAUAAGUUUGAUCAUCAAUGAUUUUUAUUAUGCCUAGAAGAGAAAUAAGUAUCUAAAAACAGUUUUUGCAAGCUAAGAGGCUAGAGUUAAUUAGAGCUAAUUGAAAGAAACUAAGGUUACACCCUGGCCAAGGGGCCAUCCAUAAAAGACGUCCACCAAUUUUUUGCUAUUUUUACCCCCCCCCCUCCCCCUUUGUCCACUUUUGUCCACUUUUGACUUGACCCCCCCCCCACCCCCUCCCAGUUGUGGACGUCCAAAACAUAAAAUUUACCGAACUUAAAUUAAUGAAUAUUUUGGGAAAAUGUACAACAAUAUAAAGAGUAUGUAUUUACAAAGAUUUUUUUUAGAAAUUCCAAUUAUUUGCAGGCAAAAUUCUAAAUGAAAUAAUAACUGUUCAAAAACAUUUUAUUGAAUCACUGUAUUAAAAAAUGUAAUAAACAAAUAAUCCACCAUUCUUCAAUCAACGGAAAAUUCGGACUGCAGACAUUCAAAAAUGUUUCGUAUAAUGAAAACAUCUGUUCUUGAGUCUUCAAUUGCUAAUUCAAUUUGAGUGGCAGUCUCUUCGUCUGAUUCGUCUGCCAUAUUAUGUUCACUAGCAGGAAUAAUGCAAUGGACGACCUUAUGUUUUUUUCAUUGCCGCCUGUGAUGGGAAAUAUUUACCGCAGAAACAUAUUCUCUUGGAAAUUCUCCCAGCCACCGAUGGACAAUAGAGAUCAAAAGGCAUGCUACUGUAACUGUGAUCGGGCAGUAAAUUUAUGCAAAACUGCUGCACUCAAAAAAACACUACAAUGUGGACAUCCACUUUGUCCUAAACCCCCCUCCCCCCCUUUGUCCACUUUAAUCCACUUUUGUGUGGACGUCUUUUAUGGAUGACCCCCAAACAUCCCUUAUUCAUUUCAUUUUCACUUAUACAAAAAUUUCAGGACAAAAGUUAAGUAACUUUAAAUAUGUUUAGUGAAGGUAUCUAGCCUUCAAAUUAUCUGUCUAAAAAUAAAUAAUUUAUUAUUUUUUAAACAACCAGAAAUUAUUGAUUUUAGCAUGAAUUAAUAUUUUAAAGAUUCAUUUAAAAUAUAAAAGAUUUUUAAAUUCAACUAAGAGUAGGAGGUAAAUCAGUUCCUUAAUUAGUGUUGGAGGGACAUGUAAGGGUGGUACCUUUGACAGAAUAAUAAAACGGAAAGCUUCUAUGUCUAGCUAUUUGUAUCUUGUUGGGGGAACAUGAGUAUGAAUCAAAUUUAAUUGCAUUGUGUAAUAACAAUUUAUAUUGGAAAAAUAAAUAUUGAUAGUCCUAAAAAAAUUUCCCCUUUUAAUUUUUUUGUGUUUCAGUUAUCUUCAAAACAGCUGAAUAACUAUGGCAGCUGUGAAUGUACACAGCACAAAUGCUUCAGAAAAUAAUCUCAGUCGACACGAUAUGAUAGCUUGGAUCAAUGACACUCUGGCAACAAGUUACACAAAAAUUGAAGAACUUUGUUCAGGUUAAGUUGUUGUAUUAAAUGCUAUUACCUCUUUUAUAGGACCAAAACAGUAAACUUUAAUUUAGAUUAUUAUUUUGUUUUUUGAGUGAGAGUAAUGAGAAAGUUUAAAUCUUGAAUAUUAUUUAUUUUUUUAGGUGCAGCAUAUUGCCAGUUUAUGGACUUACUUUUUCCAGGUAACUUUGUUUUGAUUAAUUUUCAAUUUUUGAAAAGCAGUUUUUCUUUUAUGUUUAAACUUUUAAAGUAAAGAAUACGAAUUUGAUUAUAUAAAUGUAAAAAUUGCAUAUAUUUAUUCAAGUUUUGUGGAAAAACAUGCCUUCUUUUAAAAAUUUUACUAAAAAAAAAUAAUAGAAAUAGCAGAACUGUUAACAAAUGAAGAUAUUGAUAUUAAAUGUAAGUUUUUUAGUUUUUGAUACUUCUCAGAACAACACACAAAUUUCCCCAGUGCAAGAUUUUUGUUAUGGGAUACCAGGAAUAAUUACACAUUUGUGUGUAAUAGAAAGGGAGCAAAGGAAGUGCAUUUUUAGGUUUACACAAGGACAUCAAAAGAUGAUUUUAUUAUAAUAAAUAGCUAUGUUUCUUCAUGACUUAAGCAAAAAUAUUUAAAAAAUUUCAUAUAGUAAUUUUAAAAUAAUUUUGUGCUUUAAAAUUGUAGUGUGCCAUUGAUUUCAAACAUUUAAUUGCACACUCUUACAGAGAAUUUAUUAAUUUUUACUUUAACUUUUUGAAUAAUAGUAUUUUUAUACUGAGGAAAAAGCAGUACCAAUCCCAUUACAUUAAAAACUAAUAAAAAAUAUCUUAUAAGUAAAUUUGACAAAUAUAUCUAUGACUUCUACUGAUUUAAUAAUUUAAUUUCUUUUCUUGAAACCUUAACUUUAAAUUUUGCAGAACUUAUUGCUUUUUACAAUUUUUCACCUUGACACGUUUAUGGUAAUAAAAUUUGGAUAUUUUCAGGAAGUUUAAGUUUGAAAAAGGUGAAAUUCAACACAAAAUUAGAGCAUGAGUACAUCCAGAAUUUCAAGGUCCUUCAGGUGAACUUUAAAAAACUGGGGGUGGACAAGGUGAGAGAGCCACUGGCUGCAAUGCUGACAUUACUGCUACUUCCGUCAACCAUCCCACCCCUAUCAUCUACAUUAUGGGAAUACUCUAUGCAUUUUAAAAAAAUUUUUUUAACUAUUCAGCUCAUUUAAACAAAAAUUCAAAUCUAGCAUUGCAUCCAGUUCUAUUAAGUCUUGUUGCUUUGAGAACAUUUGAAAAUAGUUGUGAUUAUUUUUUUUAUUUCUGUUUAUAAAUGAGCUGGAAAGUUUUAUUUCAAAAAGCUGUACCGUACCUCUAAAUUAUUGUUGGGCCAAGGUUGACUUAGUUUACAUGCAUAGACUACAGAAGUCAAUACAUAGGGACAGUUGUGAAAAAUAUAUUUUUUAAAAUCAAAUGGUAACCUUCUUCAGCACUGGCCUAACAAUUACUUGACAUUUACUGUUGCCUUACUUCUUGCAUGUGUAUGGGAGCAUUUGCAACUAACAUUCUCACAUAAUUUUACUACUAUUCAUGUUAUUUAAAGCUAAAUACUCUUGGCUUAGAAAGUUAAUUGCUUAUUUGCAGGCUGUGUCAGGGUUGAAGAAAUAUUUUCAAGCUUCCAGUAGUAAUUUUGUGUGAUCUGCACUGAUUAGACAGAUUGCACAUGAUCACACCCAAUAGCCAUUGCAUGCUUCUUUUGUGAAAUGUGUAGAUUUAUUUAGGCUUUUUGAGACACCUCCACAAAGCAUUGUGAAAUGCUCCCAAUUGCAUCAUUAAUAAAAAUUCUACUCAUUACACUAUUAUUGCUGUAAAUGCUUGAAAAAGCAUCCAGCAUGUUGGUAAGUUGCUGACCAUUUUACUGGUAACCUUUUUCUUCCUAAGUCUAAUGGUCUGGGUAAAUGUUGUUUCAUUUUGUUGUGUUUGAUUUUUUAAUAAAUUAACUUAUUAAAGAUAUAUUUUUUUUCAGUUUUUACAGCAGUCACCAUGUUGAUAUCGUAUAGAUAUCACAAGUAUAUCCCAAAGUGAAUGGCUCCUCUUCACUUACUUCAUCACUGUGUAUUGUGUGAUAUAACCUUUUAAAAUUUAUCAGUAUUUUGAAACUCUCUUGUCUUCCAGGUAGUGUGGUACUUAAAAAAGUAAAAUUCAAUACAAAAUUAGAACACGAGUACAUACAAAAUUUCAAGCAACUGCAAGCCUGUUUCCAGAAAUUAGGAGUGGAUAAGGUGAGUCUGUGGCAAUUUUCGGCAGGGCCUUAGCCAGGGUUUGACUCUUUUAUUUGUGUUCACAACACAAUGGUCAUACAAUUAUUUAGAGAGAUUUUUUGUUAAAAUAUUGAUAUUCCUGUAAUUUUAUUUUUAAGGGUUGUGGGAAUCUGCAUGGUUAGAAAUCCCAAAAACAUCCCCUGGCUAAGGUUUUGUCUUUGGCCAAAGACUUUCACUGUGCUCACUCUUUGUGUGAUUAUUUUAUUAUUAGUAAAAUGAGUGUUUUGUAGACGUUUUAAGUGUUCUGUUCAGCUGCUUUAUAUUGUACUCGCAUAUUCAAAGUAAUAUGGCUGGAAAGAUUUGAUUAAUUUCAAAGCAUAUAUGCAGGAUUAUAUGUAAAUGAGUAUAAAAACUCUUGAUUCUUAUUGUUUUCCAUUGCUUAACAAUUUGGAUGUUUCUGGAAGAAAGACCAUAAACAUUACAAGAAUUUAAAUGCAACUUAAUAAGCAUGAUUCUUUAAAGAAUACUUAGAGAUGCAUACACAUUUUUCAGUGCAAAUCUAUAUAACUAGAUAAAGACGCUUUGAAAUAUUACUUACACAUUAGAUUGAAAUCAGCAGCUUUUCUUUCGCAUAUUUAUAAUAAAGCUUUGUGUUGCAUAUUCAUAUAUUCUCUUUUUGAUAUACAUUUAAUAGACUAUGUAUAUUGUUUUCAUUAGAUUAUUAUUUUUGUAAAAGUUAUAUAGACUUAGAUUUGGUGGUGUAAUUCAUAAGGUGCACAUUUCUACACAGAAAAUAAGAUAUGCUACUGAGUUUUUUUGUUUGAUAAGAUGUUAAUCAUGCUUUAUUUAAUCAUUAUAAUUCAUUCACUUAUAACAGGGGUCUCAAACUCAAAUAAGCCGGGGGCCGCAGGAGGUAGAGUCUGAGUGAAACUGGGCCACAUUAAGCAAUUCACACAAAAAAGUGAUUAAAAAUUCAAGUACAGCUGUUACCCCCUGCUAAACUUUAUUAAUAACAAAUAAUACAUUAAGGGUUCUUAAGAACUAGGCUUCACUUUUUUUCUUCUUUUACUUGUUGCCAGAGACGUGGCUGCACUUCUUCUUAGACAGCUGAGCAACUUUGGCUUGAGUGAGGAAGCAACUGAGACCCUCAGUUUAGCUUGAAGAUGCUCAUCAGUAAGUUUCGCCCUGAACUUUGACCUGUUAAAGUUCAUAGUGGAAAAGAGCUUUUCUCACAGAUAGGUACUCCCAAAAAGGCACAUGUUCCGCUUGAACAACCUGGAUAUGUCAUGGAAGAUGGAGGCCAAUUCUCUCAUAAAUUGUCCAAGCUUGACUGUUUUUCCAUUCCCCCCCCUGAACUUAGCCUUGAGUUCAGAAUUGCACUGAAGUUCAAUCAGCUCCAUUUGAAGCGCAAAAAAAAAAAAAAAGAUUGGGGGUGGGGGGCAUAUUUCCACAUUGAAGGAGAAGGGGUCAGCAAAAAUUUGAAAAGUGGCUCUGUGUGUUUUGAAGUCUGUAAACCUGUGAUCAUAAAUUGUCCAAGCUUGACUUGUUUUCCAUUCCCCUCCCUAAACUUAGCCUUGAGUUCAGAAUUGCACUGAAGUUCAAUCAGCUCCAUUUGAAGCGAAAAAAAAAAAAAAAAAAGAUUGGGGGUGGGGGGCAUAUUUCCACAUUGAAGGAGAAGGGGUCAGCAAAAAUUUGAAAAGUGGCUCUGUGUGUUUUGAAGUCUGUAAACCUGUGAUCAAAUUCUUCCUGUAGCUUUUCAAUGGCAUCAUUAUACUUACUACUGAAUGGUGUGCCCGAGUCCAUGAGUACUUUGAAUGUUGGAAAAUGGAAGUCUCUCUCAGAUAGCUGGGCAUUCCAUAACACAAGUGUGUGCAGAAUGCCUUGACAUUGUCAUAGACAAGCUGUCCCUGGCCUUGUAACUUCUUGUUGAGUACAUUCAGCUCCUGUGUAAUGUCAACAAAGAAAAGCAAAGUCCAUAAACCAUUUGGGAUCAUUUAGUACAGGAACAACCACCCCAUCCUUCUCCAUGAAGGCUUUGAUUUCUAAUUUCAAAUCAAAAAACCUUUUCAAGACGUUUCACCUACUAAGCCAAUGUACCUCGGUGAAUUAGAUAACAUCCUCAUAUGCUGACUCUAUUUCCUCUAAAAAGGCAUGGAACUGUCGGUGUUUAAAGCCCCUGUAUCUGAUAUGGUUGAUGUAUUUCACAACGUCAGCCAUCACAUUGUAAAACUUCAGGCAAUUGCUGCAAAGUGCCUGCUGAUGGAUAAUGCAGUGUAGUGCAAUGGCCUCUUCCACACCCUCCUCUUCAAGUUUUCUUUGAACAUGUGCGUAGAGUCCAUUUAUUUUCCCUGUCAUUGAUUGUGCACAGCUGGUGGAAUAUCUCCUGAGCAGUGGUCUGCCCAUGCAUUGGAAUCACUUUGAGCAACUCCUCCAUCACUUCAAAAUUAUCAACACCACUGACAUAAUAUCUUGCGAGAUGUGCAGUGUCAGUAACAUCUAAGCUCUCAUCAAGAGCGACUGAGUAUGCAAAGUUGAUCGUAAAAGUAACCUGACAUCUCAGAAUAAACUUGCAGCUUGUAAAAUGCAAUUUUUGAUGAUCUCGUCUUCUUUGAAAUACUUUCCUGCCUUAGCAAUCAUCUCACUCACAAAGUAACUAGCUUCAACUGCUGCAUCACUUUCUUUCUUUGCUUUCUUGGAAAAAUCAUGCUGCCUCACUGUCUAAUGUUUAAUAACCCGGGCCUCUCUCUCAUGGCCAGAUAUUUUGCAUACUCCUCAGCAUGUGUGGUUAAAUAACGACGCCUGAUGUUGUACUCUUAGUGCACCACAACUUUCUCGGUGCAUAUAAGGCACGUCGGAAUGCCCUGUGCUCAACAAAGUAAUGGUGCAUCUCCCACUUUUCUUGCAAUUGUCUGCGCUCAUCGCCAACCUUUCACUUCACAGCAGGUUUUGAGAAAGACAUGACUGGGGUCGGAUGACACAAAUAUUUAUUUGCACUGUUUGAUGAAAUAUAUUUUCCCUCCACUCUGUAACUCUCCCAAAUUAUGUUUCACGAGACCAGGCUGACAGGCUCGGAACUUCCGUCACUCGUCACUGGUACACACUGGCGGCAAUUUUAAUAGGGAUUGUUUGAUGCUGUGUUAAAGUGCUCCGAUUUACACAGAUAUGGUUGUGUAUUACUCACUGACGUUUUUAACAUUUGAUAUACAAUAUUGGAAGCUUGUUUUCUCAAAACCGCUCUUUGACCAUGUUUGUCUCAUAAAAUGCUAUCAAAUAAAACCUUUUAGUACGAUUUUAAAACGGUUUUUACCAUUAUAAUCAACGUCAAAACCUAUAGGUACUUUAAUAAACAUUAUAAAAAUCAGAAUUAUACUAAUCAAGAUUUGACUGAAAUCAUCGCAGAGAGUCACAUUAUAGAUAUAAGAAUGUGGACAAUGCGGGGGCCGCAUUAAUACUAAACGUUGCUGUCAGGUAGCGAGCCGCAAAAUAUUGUACCGCGAGUUUGAGACCCCUGACUUAUAAAGUUUUAUUACCAGAUCUUUCAUCAUUCCAGUGUAAUGAAGUCUUUGCUAGUCCACCUUAACUGAUAAAAUAAAGAUGUAUGGUUCAUAUGCUAAUACUAAUAAAAGAGAAAUGGGAAGCAUUUUUCUGCCAAAUUGACAUUUUUGUGAGUUAACAGAAUAAUUUAAAAUUUAUUAAAAUUUAGAAACAAAGUUUUUUAGUUACAUUUUAGAUGUUCUUUUUUUAGAACUAGGACUAUACUGUAAAAUCUCAGACCAGUCCUUAUUAUAUGAAAUCCAGAGAAGAGGUCACAAUAAUUAAUAGCUUAGUAAAGACAUAACAGUAGUUUCUAUUGAGAAAUGAUAGCCAUACUUUGGUUAAAAAUGCUUUGAUUCUAGACAUACAAAUUUAGUGUCUUGAUUUUUUUUUUUUAAGUACCGAUACAUAUCUUUGAUCUGGUUCAAAAUGACCUAGUUAAUGCUUACUUCCUUGCUGGCGUGCAUUUUAAUCCAUUGCUGGGUCACAUGUUGAUCAGGAAAACCAUUGUCCAUAUUUUUUUGGUUGUUUCAUCCAUGUAAUGGAUAGGGGUCCGAAACAAUUCCAAGUCCAUUAAUGAUGAUAUUAGCAAUACAGUAGACUGAUAAUUAAUUUAGAAGUAAAUAUGAUUUUUAAUUUCCAGCUAUUGGGAUUCGGUGUACAUCAUCAUCUGUUAAAUUGCACUCAUUGUUAAUAAAUCACAAUUUUAAAGUGAUUUAAAUUCAUGAUCAGCUGGCAAGUAAAAUUAUAAAUGUGUGUGUGUGUAUUUAAAAUAGCUAUACCUUUUUGUUACAAUCAUAUCAUAUAUUACAUUUUAGAAUUUCACAUAGCUUUCCAGAUUGUUUUUUUAAAAAUUACAAUGCUAAUUAUAUGAAUAUUUUUUUUACAGCAAUUUAUUUUUAGAUGUGUGUUUUUGAAUUUGAUUCUUGCUAGUACUAGUAGGAUUAUUUUUUUAAUGGGUACUAAUCAACUUAUUAGUAAAACUGCUAACUUUUGUGUGCAUGAUCCUUAACCCAAAUCCUAAAUUGGUGUCAUCAAUUUUAUUUGGACUAAUAUUUUAUAUUCCUGUUUCCUUUUUAGUUUUACAAUGUAAACAUGCUCAUAAAAUUACCUAACAGAAAUGUUAAAUUAAAUAUAAAUAAAUAUCAACUCAUUGUCUUAAUUCAAAUUCUAGAUAUGUUUCUGGUAGACCUUAAAGUGGUACAAUCUGAAGUCUUUGAAUUCUUUAAAAAUCCAAAGAUGUUUAUUUAAACAGAUAGUUCCUGUAGAAAGGCUUGUGAAAGGGAAAUUCCAGGACAACUUUGAGUUUGUUCAAUGGUUCAAGCGAUUUUUUGAUGCAAAUUAUGGAGGCCAAGAGUAUGAUCCAGUGUCUGCAAGAGGUGGCGAACAACUCGGCGCUGCCAAGCAGGGUGCCUUGAACAAAGCACCAACAGCUAAACCUUCAGUCUCAAAAACAAGCCAACCACCUCCUCAAAGAAGUAGGUUUUUGGUAUUAUAAUGGUAGUAAAAUGAUGUUUUGUAGAGAAAAUUGAUUUUUAUUUGGUAAUUAAAAAAUAAAGUUAAGUAUUUAAAUAAGGCCCUGGAUGCCAAUGAUUAAGGGUCUAUUUUUCUUGUGAACUAAGAUGUGUCCAUAAGUGCUGAUUCUGUAUUGGAGAGCAGAUAAGGAGUACGCAACUCUGUACAUCUGUCUGUGUAGUUAAAACUCUUUUUUUUACUUGCUUUGUUCAAACUUUUAUCCGAUCUUUUGUGACAGUUGUUAAACAGCCCAACAAGAGCCCUGCAAGUAAUCAGAUCAGAAGGUCUCCAGGUGUGGCUAAUAAUGCUGGUGGGGACAAUCAUGUCAUAGAAGAACUCAAAGGCCAGGUAAUUUAAAUUUGAUUUUCUAUUGUAAGCUUUCAGUCUGAUUUUAAUUAAUUAACGAUUUUCAGUACUGAAGAAAUUUACUAGGCUAGUCCCUUUAUAGCUUAAUGCUGUCAAAAAUGCCCAUUUUCAAAACUGCCAGUUUUUUCUUAGUUACUUAGUACAAUGGACUGGGAGAAAGACUUGCUUUCAGAUAUUUAGUUUGAACCUCUUUUCAACAAAUGGUGUUUCAUUUCAUAUGAUUUUUUUUUAAAGUUGUGAACUUUGGCUUUAAAGAAAUAUUAAGCAAUUUAUAUAAUUUUAUAACGCUUAAGGUUUAAAUGAACUUCAAGUUUUGAUGAUUUUAGCAGUGGUAGGGAUGAAUCGGGCAUUGAUAUUUAUAUAAAUGAUGAUAGAGAUGAUGAAUCGAGUAACACAUUCAUCAAAAUAAAAUAAGUAAAACAAAGUAGGGUUAAACCUGAAAAAAUAAACGCAACAAAACAGCGAACGUGUCGACAGAAAGCCUUCGUCAGCGAACAAAACAACAGAAAAAACGGUAUACAAAUAAAAAUAAGAAUAAAUAGCACUUAGCUGGUAAGUAGUAUCUGUGGGCAGCAAUAGAAGUGUGGCAGAAGGAAAGUGAGUGAGAGUUUAAAUAUACAAGCCGCAACGUUAUCUACGCCAUUGUCUGCACCUGCUGUCAGAUGACAUACACAGGGGAGACUGGACGCCGUCUCUCAGACAGGUGUACCGAACACCUCCGAAACAUUACACAAGAUAAACAGUGUCCUGUCUCCAAUUAUUUCAAUAGUAGCGACCACCAGGGCAAGGCGGACUUUUCAAUAAGUGCGAUUGUGGCUAGCACGAACACCGCCAGCCGGGUCAAUUUGGAAGACAGACUUAUCCUGACUUACGGCACUUUGACGCCAGAUGGGAUUAAUGUUAUGUCUCUGUUCACAGCUUGACCCUAGCUCCGCCCCUCCAUGUUCUGACCUAUCACAGUGAACUUUUUUCUCCCCCCCUUUUUUCACCGGUGCAUAUUUAAACUUUCACUCACUUUCCUUCUGCCACACUUCUAUUGCUGCCCACAGAUACUACUUACCAGCUAAGUGCUAUUUCUUAUUUUUAUUUGUAUACCGUUUUUUCUGUUGUUUUGUUCGCUGACGAAGGCUUUCUGUCGACACGUUCGCUGUUUUGUUGCGUUUAUUUUUUCAGGUUUAACCCUACUUUGUUUUACUCAUUUUAUUUUGUACUAUCCUGAUUGCAGUCUCUCGCCUUAUUAACACAUUCAUCAACACCCUUAUGUCUAUUUACUGUGAAGCCAGGCCCUAAACAUAAUUAUUUGCCUGAUGAUGCAUUAGUCGAUGAAUAUUUUUCUUUUUUUAUUCUUGACACUUUCUACCAAAAUGUGGCAAAUUUAUAUAUGCCUUGCAGUAUGCUAGAAAAAAAUGAAAAGAUUCAUAAUGGCAUCCAGUUUGUUAAAAUGAAAGCAAAAGUUUUGUCAACAUCAUUAAGUUUGGGAUUCACAACCGGCAUUGAAUCUUACUGAUCUAUAGAUUCUAGACUUGGGGGCUCCAGCCAUAAUGGAGAAAAACAGACUUUAGGAGAACAACCAAUAUGUACAUCUCGAUUGCAGUUUGGUUGCUGGUCUAUAUUCAUCUUUUCAAAAUAUUGCAUCUGAUAAUGUAGAAUUUCCAGCAGCACGAUAGUUCAGGAAAAAGACAACUGUUGAAGUGGAAAUAAUUUUACUUUAAAAAUCUUACCAAUGAUAAACUACUGUGUUAUUUUCUAUUUAUAGUUACCGGGGUAUAGGAAAUUUUUCUUAUGAAAACAAAACGUGACUUAAAAUAGAGUUACGCCCCUUAGCUUGGGAGGUAGAAGAAAUGUCAAGAAAAAGCUGGUAAACAUAUGUAACUGAACAUUUUCAUCCUUUUAAAGAAAAAUAAACUUUGUGAAACUUUUUGACCUUAGUAGGCAUGUAUGAAAGUGAACAUGUCAAGUAAAUGGUAUAAUUAAUCUUUUCAAAUGAAAAUUAUGGGGAAUAAGAAAGAACUAGCACUAAAAGGCAACCACCAAGAACUACAUAGAGUAUUGCUAUAGUUCUGUUUGAGAGACAGUUUUAAUACAUUAACAUGUUAUAACCUAGUUUUGCGGGCAUCCGUCCUUCACAAUGUGACUUUGACGUAGACGAAGUAGGCCUGGAAUUAUUCUUCUAAGAAUUAUAACCUGGUUCCCUACACAGCAAAUCGCCUAUCUCCACGCCGCUAGAAAAAGGAAGGGAACAUUAUGUAAUGAUACAGCUUGGCACCAGUGGCGUCGCAGGGGUUGUUGGAAUGUUUCAUUGCGUCAAUGUUAUCCGCCUACAGAACUCCAUCUCCGGGUUUUGAAUUCAGAGUUUCCUUCUCUUAGAUGAGUUGCCAUCCAAGGCUAUCGAGUCCCAUCCACCCGGGGUGCUGGUGAUGUUUAUGCUUGACAGGGCUUAGGUGGGGAUUGAACUCCAGGCUCACUAGACCUUUUAUAACAUAGUUACCUAGUAUAAUUAUAUUUAAUUUAGUUCGCUUAUUCACUUUCAGAUUGAACAAUUAAACAUUGAUAAAGAGGGUUUGGAGAAGGAGAGAGAUUUCUACUUUAAUAAAUUGCGUGAAAUUGAAGUGAUCUGCCAAGACAAUGAUGGAAUGACCCACAUCAAAGAAAUAAUGGAUGUUCUCUAUGCAACUGAGGUUAGUUUUUAGGUUCUUUUUAUUUACUUCAUUUGAACACAAGGUAAAUUUCUAUUGAUAUUUAUUAGUGAUUCUUAAUCACAAGCUGAUUACAUUGACAGACCAGUAAAAAAAAUUCAUACAUAUUUUUUAAAACCCUUUUUGCUCCCUCAUCACGAAAACAAGAUUUCAAACAAAACAUAUGAAAGAAUGGAAACAUUCGGAUUUCUUAAAAAAAAAAAAAAGACUCAGCUUGUAUUGUACAUAACAAGAUAUAAAAUUAUAGUCCAUCAUCUCUUAGUAUAAGGACUCCUCACCCUCAUCACCAUAAAUGCUUUUAGGCUAUCAAAUGUAGUUUCUAAAGUGGUUUAACAUUUCGGCUAAAUUGUUUAGAUAUGGCAUAGAUUUUGAGGGGGGAAAACAAUUAGGUAGUUCUAACUUCCACAUAGAUGAUUUUGUUCCAAAUGAUACCAGGCAUAUUUUCAUUUUAAGAAACCAAAUCAAGGUGAAGAAAUAGUCAGUUUGAAUCUAACUAUUUUUAAAUAUAGUGUGUUUUAAAAGAUGUAUUUACGCUUUAUUCAUAUUUGUAAUGUGACUACCUCAAUUUAAAAAUGAAGGUCUUCAGCUUUUUUGGUUGAUGUAUGAAAUAAAAGGAGCAUUUAAUUUUUUUAGUAUUUUAAAAUCAAUAUAGAGUAAAGUUUCUAUGUUAACUUGUUAAUCUAGGGCUUUGUCUGGUCAGCUUUUUUGCCCGUUUAAUUUUUCCAUUGAAUUCAUAGAUGGUGUUAAAUUUGUGUGCGUUUCAUCAAAUGUUAAUAUGAUAAAAUUGGUUACAAUAGUACUCUCAAGAAGAUGUUGGCUGAAUUAUUUUUGUAAUGAGCGCAGUUAUUGUUAUGAUUCUAAAAAUGCCCCAUCGGAUUGGAGAUAUAAACUACAGUACACUGAAAGCGCCUUUUACAUCACUUCAAAACAGUUGAAGUUCUGGUGAUUUCUAUUUUGAGACAAGGGUAAUGUAAAGUCUGAAUACCAUGUCUAAUUACAAACCUUUUUUCUUUUCUAGUCGUCUGAGCACUGAUUUGUUUUCUUGAAGAGAUAUUUUUCAAGUGAUUUGAUGUAAGAGAAGCCCUGGUGCGAUCAUGAACAUUUUUUUUGUUAUAAAUUCUGAAUUGCGUAAUAUUCCCAGUAGUUUAAUAAAUAAAGCUUUGAUGGAUAUAAGCAAUAAAUUUUUUGGCCUCUUUUGUGGUGUAGGUUAGUUUAUUUUAAUUAAGAUGUAUCUCAACACUUUGGUUUCAAACUAUAUGCUUAGUUUUCUGCUGCCAUAUCAAAUGACAUAACUUUUACCGUUUUUUUUCUCCAUAUUUUUCAGGAAGGAUUUGCUCCACCCGAAGACGAUCCAGAAUUAGAAGGAGAACAAGAAGAAUACUAACAACUCUAAUCAAUUUCCCAAGCUCUUUUUUUAAGAACUGCUUUCAUUUCAUCAGCAUCAUCAUCUCACCCAUGUAUAUAAUAAUUAAUUUUAUAGACUAUCAAGAUAUACAUAGCCUGAACCUUGUGGUGCAAAUGAUCAAAAAAAAAAAAGGAACCCUACCUACUCAUGAGUGAAUGAAACAGUUUUGACCACUUUCAGCCUCACAAUUCAAUGUUACCACUGCUAAAAAAAAAGUCCUUGACAUUUCAUAUUAUGGUGGUUUUCUCUGGUGUGUAUUGACUCAGUUUUAUUAUUUUUAGUUCUGUACUGAUGUUUGUGAUUCAUGGUAAAUUUUCCACUUGAAAAAGUUUUAUUAGUUCGGAUAUUUAAGCAUAUGCUGGCGUAAAUGCAGGUGUAAUUUUUAAUAGGGAAAUUAUUUAACAUUUAUUUUUGAUGUUCCUAGACAACUUGAAAUCCGACGUUUUAUCUCUUUUUCACAACAGUUCAGGUGAAAUAAAAUUUCUACUAAUAUCUUAAGCUUGCCAUUAUUUGGGGAAGGGUAGAUAAUAUGUGUGUCCUCCUAUAUAUUUGCUUAUGUCUAAAAGCUCUUGUUUUGGUAAUAAUCACAUAAUUUGUUAUUGCAAGUAAUGCCCACAAUGGUUUUCUGAAUAAAAUGUAUAACACUUUUUCAUAGUUAUCUUUUACUUUACACUUAAAUUUGAAGGCAAAUUUACAAUAUAUAAAGUUAAUUUGUUAAUUAAUUUCAAGUAAUUAGUGAACAUUUUGUAGAAUUUUGUCCGGUACUGUUCUUUCUAUAAAAUUGUUAUAUUUCAUUGAGUGGCAGUUAAUGACAGAUUGUACAAGCCCUCAUAAAUGUCUACCUGUUGUUAUCAGGGAUGGAUGUGUAUAGAGAAAGAUAAAACUUAAGAUCUAAUCCAUUCAUAAUUGUCUGACAAUUAACUGGGUUGUACAUUAAUAAUGGGUGGAUCUUAUAGAACCUACAGUUUUAGUUAAAUCUCUAGUUUUCUCAACGACAGUUUUUACCAAUGGCUGUAUUCUUAUUUUCUGCUGGUUAACACAUUGAAUGAGCUUCAUGUAAAAGAUAAAAGAAGACAACAGAUAGGGUGCUAAGUGAAAGGCAAGGCAGGUAUUUGUUGAGAAUGUUUCUAUGAUUUUGCUUUGAGGUGUCUUUUUAACAAACAAAAAACUUCCAUGUUUGAAGCUAAGCUUCUGAAGCUGUGAUUAAUUUGUCCAACUUAUUGUUAAAAUUUGUUUUUUCUGCUGCCCUGCCUUAAAAAUGUAUGUUUUUGAUUGUAUGAAUUGACCUCACAACUACCGUCACUUGAACAGUUCAUUAAACUGGCAGACUUUUCAACCUAAUCCAAGCUACGGCCAGAGGUUUUAAGUUUAAGUCAGAUGUGAAACUGAUUUUUAUUCUUAUUUUCUUUGUGUAGUCUGAUUGCACCUGAUUUUUAAAAAAAAAGUAUGUAUUGAUUAAUCCCUUGAAUAAUUUAUACACCGCUCAGACAAAUCUAUUUACCCUGGAUAUACUUUCUAAAGUGAUGUUGCUGUGAAAAUGGAACUUGACCCCCCAAAAAACAAAGUAAUACAACAUGUAUUUUUAUCAAACUUUUAUAACUUGCCAAUAUUUAUUUAUAGUAUUAGUAUAGAGAGGAUGAGUCUCCCAAAGAGAAACAUUAGGAGUGCAAAUCAAUCAUUACAAAUCACUGGAGAGAAAUUUUGACUGUAUAAUUUUAAGUAGAAUAUUUUUUAUACUGGUACCUCUAAAUUGUUUUCUAUUUCUAGUUUUUAUUAUUAUUAUUUUUUUUAUAACUUAAAACUUGUGUUUUCACUAACAUGGUAAAGAUAUUUAUUUGACUCUACAUAGUUUUGACCUGACAACCCAUGGCUUCUGGUAAUUUCAUAAUGUAUUAUUAAACAUCAUUACCUGUGGAUUGGUUAAAAUUAUUAUUUUUCAUUCUUGUUUUUGAUUUAGUACCCGGUAUUUAGUUUUUGCUGGUUAUAUCUAGUUGUAUUUUAACUAAAUUUAUUAGGAAAUGUUUUAUUCACAAUUGAGAUACAAAUCCUCAUUUUAAAUUUAAUUUUAAGA